GAGGGCGGAGCAGCUGCCAGUGUCAUUUUCCCUGCCACGCACAGAAACAAACGCCUUCACCAUUUCCCCGGACUGAUCCUCAUGCCUUCCUAGAGCCCCGCGGAGAUGACAUCUGCGCCUCAAGCACCGACAGCUUUCACCAUCAAGCAACGUUCCGGACCCAAACCAGAUGUUUUAUACCAGAUCAACAAACCCCUAGCAUAUCUUUAUCUUUGCCAAGCCCACCUGUCCUCCUCGACCAAUGGCCAUUCUCACCUCAGCCCCUAGCACCGAAACAGAUAAGCUACCCUGGUCUGCGACCGAACUUGGCUGGGCUUGCCCAGGAAAAGAAUAGAUAAGGCUGACCUUGUUCCGCCACGAUCUCGGCGUGGGGUCACGAGCGCACAGCGAAAAAUGGCGGAGAUGUUUCUUUUCUCUCUAUCUGGCGUGGACUUCCCGGAGAUCUUUGAAGCAGGGAGACGUAUCGAAGGCUGCUCGUUCCAAGAAAUAAAUGACUCGAUUCAACCUCUCCAAAGAUACCAUGACUCUUUUGGACAUUCGGGGGCACCUCACACUCAACCUCAGCUCCGUUAGCGAAGCCUUUUCAUCACCUUGAGUACAAACACAGCCGCACUGCAACAACAUAUCAAUCUAAUCAAGGACCACUUCGGUAUAAAAAACACCGCCAUCAUGGGUUUGAAGGCCUCUUCCUUAUGGGAACGGCCAGUGCUUAAUUCGGUCAACAAAAAGGCCCGCAGCGUGCCUAUUUUGAACCCAGUCGACCCGCAUGGCCGUGUAUUUUUCUUUUCGUGGAUGGGUUUCAUGCUUUCAUUCUGGGCGUGGUACACAUUCCCACCUCUUUUAACUGUCACAAUCAGACAAGACCUUAACCUCACCAAGGAACAAGUCGCCAACUCCAACAUUGUUUCUCUUGUCGCCACUCUUGCAGUGCGAUUCAUUGCUGGUCCACUAUGCGACCAGAUUGGCUCCCGGAGGGUGUUUAGCUUGAUUUUGCUAGCAGGAAGUGUGCCGAUUGGCUUGGCACCGUUGAUCAAGGACGCGACUGGUCUUUACAUCAUCCGUUUCUUCAUUGGAAUCCUCGGCGGGUCGUUUGUACCUUGCCAGGUGUGGUGCACGGGAUGGUUUGACAAGAAUGUGGUGGGAACAGCCAAUGCCCUGAGCGGAGGUUGGGGAAAUGCUGGAGGUGGAAUCACAUACUUCAUCAUGCCUGCUGUGUAUGACUCUUUGAAGUACCGAUGGGGGCACAGCUCUGGGCAGGCUUGGAGGAUCACCUUUGUGGUGCCGCUCGUUUGUCUGAUUAUCUGUGGACUGGGGUUGCUAUUUUUGUGCGAUGAUACGCCAAUGGGGAAGUGGGACGAUAGACAUCAGCAUGUUCAGGAGAACCUCAAACAACACGGCGUGCAAGGAGAGAUUGUGGCCGUUCCAGGUACCAUCACUGGCCAGCCCCCAAUUCUCUCAGCUACCCCAUCAACCGACGAGGAAAAAGGUGAGAAGCUGUCUUCUUCUGAGAAGAACAGCAUUUCAGCCUUUGACCACGAAGCCUCACUGUCAAAAGCCGAAGCCAUCGAAACUGCGCAAGGUGAAACCAUCGCCAAGCCCACUGUCAAGGAAGCAGUCUCUGUGUGUUUUAGUCUCCACGGCCUCUUCCACGUCGCGACGUACGCAUGCAGCUUCGGUGGAGAGCUUGCCAUCAACUCAAUUCUUGCAUCAUACUACCUGAAGAACUUUCCCUCGCUAGGUCAAACCAAUGCGUCAAACCUCGCGGCAAUCUUUGGCUUUCUCAACUUUGUAACUCGACCGCUCGGUGGAGUUGUCGGAGAUCUGCUUUACAACUACUGUGGAAGAAGCCUUUGGUUAAAGAAGAUCUGGAUCCACGUUUGCGGGUUGAUGACGGGGGCGUUGCUCAUCGUCAUUGGCAUAUUGGAUCCCCACCAUUUGCCUACCAUGGUUGGGCUCAUAAUCGUCAUGGCUGUCUUCCAUGAGGCCGGCAAUGGUGCCAACUUUGCACUUGUCCCGCAUGUUUACCCCUAUGCGAACGGCAUUCUAUCCGGGCUCACCGGAGCUGGUGGAAAUCUGGGCGGCGUGGUCUUCGCAAUCAUCUUCCGCUUCAUGGAUGGCGGCAGUAACUACGCAAAGGCAUUCUGGAUCAUUGGGGUGUGUCACAUCGUCUUGAACCUAGCUGUUUGUUGGAUCCCACCAAUUCCGAAAGGUCAGGUUGGCGGCCGUUAGGGUCUACCGCCUUGGAGGGUAUAGAGUAUCGCAGCUAGCCCAAAUACUGUUCAUGCUUCG